CCCCCAGCCGCCCAUUGUUCUCGUCCAUUGUUCUCCGUUUCUACGCAAGAACUCGGGAAAAUACAGAUAGCGAGCUCCAGCUUUUCAUCGACGGACACACUCAGCGUGGCGGCCGCUCCUCUGCAGCGUUCUAUCUGCUCCCAUCUGCUCCCAUCUGCCGUCUGAGAAUCGCCCGCAAUCGCGUCAAGCCUGGGCCAGCCUUCUUCAGCCCCGUACCAGCUCAUCGCCGCUUCCGAUGGCCGAACCAAAGGCUCUCUUUGUGCCCGACGAUGCUGAAUCAUCGCCGACCCAUCGCUUCAUGCGCACGGUCAACGAGCGGUACAGCACGUCCCUCUCUUCGUACCGCGAACUCUACAAGUGGUCGACUGAGAAUAUUGACAAGUUCUGGGGCCUCGUUUGGGACGAAACGCACGUCCGAGGUGUCAAAGGCAGCCACGUCGUGGACGCGUCCGCACGCCCGCCGGACAACCCAACGUGGUUUAGGGACGCCAAGCUCAACUGGGCGGAGAACAUGCUCGUGCACCGCUCGCCGGAUAAGGUAGCCCUUGUCCAGGCCACUGAGCCUACGCCCGACCUCCCGCAGCCGCCGCUACGGAGGGCCACAUACGCGGAACUAUACAGUAUGGUUGCAGACAUCGUCUCGGCGUUGCUCUCGCGCGGAUUCAAGCCGGGAGACCGCGUUGCGUCGUAUGCCUCCAACUGCAUCGAAAACGUGGCGGCGUGUCUGGCAACUACCGCCCUCGGUGGCAUCUGGCUCAGCGCCUCCGCGGAUUUUGGCCCCGUUGGCGUCCUCGAAAGAUUCGAGCAAGUGCAGCCCAAAUUCGUCUUCGCUGUCGACGCGGUCGUGUACAACGCCAAGGUGCACCCCCACCUGACCAAGCUGAAGGCGCUGCUCGACGGACUCGCGGACCUGAACCUCGAAAUUCCGACGGUUAUCGUCGCUCAUGUCAUUCCGAACAUUGUGGAUACCUCCGACGCGUGGAACUCCGAAUGGAUGAAAUGGGACGAUUUCCUCGCUGAGGGUCGAGAGAAGAAAUUAGGACGCGACCCGGAUGGCGAGAUACAAUGGAGCCGACAGCCGUUCGACUACCCUCUCUGGAUUCUCUUUUCGUCUGGUACUACGGGCCUUCCCAAACCCAUCGUCCACCGCGCCGGCGGCAUGCUCCUGCAGGCCAACAAGGAAUUCGCGAUCCACGGUGAUCUACGCGCCGAGGACGUAUUUUUCUACUAUACAACCACGGGAUGGAUGAUGUGGAACUUCCUGGUGAGCGGCCUGGCCGCCGGUUGCACGCUCGUGCUUUAUGAUGGCAGCCCGCUGCGCGACCCUGCUUACCUCUGGCGCUUGGUCGAUGACCUUGGAAUCACGUUGUUUGGCACCAGCGCGAAGUAUAUCGAUCAGCUCUCAAAAUCAUACAAGCCUCGCGAACAUCACUCACUAAGCACCCUGCGCCACAUCUAUUCAACGGGCUCGCCUCUCGCCCCUGCGCUCUUCGACUAUGUGUACGAGCACAUCCACCCGCGCGUGCUGUUGGGGUCCAUCACAGGUGGCACGGAUAUUUGCUCCCUCUUCGCCGGCAUGUGUACCGCGCUUCCUGUCUUUCGAGGGGAGAUUCAGUGCCGCAUGCUCGGCAUGGCUAUCGAGGCUUUCACGCCGGACGGGAAGAUCUCUCCGCCAGACGAGCCUGGCGAACUCGUCUGCCUGAAGCCCUUCCCAUGCCAGCCCGUGGGAUUCUGGCCCCUAGAAGGAUUUGGUUCCGCGGAAGCAGUUGAGAAAGCCAAAGCGCGGUACCAACAGUCGUAUUUCUCUGAAUUCCCUGGCGUUUGGUACCAUGGCGACCAUAUCAUCGUGACCUGUUCUCGUGCUGAGAAUGGUGGCGGAGUCAUAAUGCUGGGACGAUCUGACGGCGUCCUAAACCCUGGCGGCAUACGCUUCGGCUCGGCAGAGAUAUAUGAGGUCGUCGAUCACUGCUUUCACGGGCAGAUCCUUGACUGCCUUGCCGUCGGACAGUCCAUCGCGGACGGCACGGACGAGCGUGUUGUUCUCUUCGUCAAGCUUGCCGAAGACAAGAUGCUGGAUAAAUCACUCGAGGAAGCAAUCAAGCGAGAGAUUCGCGCGCGGCGGACGCCGAGACAUGUGCCGUCGCGUAUCGUGCAGACCGACGCCGUACCGUACACCUUGAACGGCAAGCGCGUCGAAGUGUCCGUGAAGAAGAUAAUUAAUGGGGCCUCGGUCGCAAGCGUCAAUCCGGCGACGCUUGCCAACCCGGAAUGCUUGGAAUACUACAAGGAAAUUGGGAAGAAACUCAGGGCUGAGGUGGCGUAGAAUAAACUAGGUCAAGGACGAAGGGCCUGUACUGUAUACUGUACACUAGCGACAUACUGGAAAUAGGUGGUGCGCCGUGUGCCACAAACUUGAAAAUCGCAUGGCUUUCC